AUGGCAGCGGCUGUUCAGGAAGGCCUCUACUUACGAUCCCUACUCAAUGAGAUGGAUAUGACGUGUGAUGGUCCAACUGUGAUCAACGAGGACAACCAGAGCUGCAUCAAGAUUUGCAAAAAUCCCGUAAUGCAGAAGUGUACAAAGCACAUUGAUGUCAAGUAUCACUUUGUCCGAGAGCGGGUCGAGGAUGGAACAUUUGCGCUCGAAUUUGCGCUAGCCAGAUUCCAAACAUUCUUGGGAUCUAAACAACCAAAACGAGAUCCAAAGCAACUUUGGAUAGCAAAAAGCGUGGAGUCUGCCAAAAGUUUCCUUGAUUUUGACCAGAAAUCACCGUUUUUAACUUUAUUCAACUGGACCUCUGGGAUGUCACGAAAAUCUACUUUUUAUGAUCCGUACGUUUACAUAGAAAAGCAAAUCAAUAAACUUGAAAUGAGAGAAAUAAAUCAAACGUACCAAAAACUCCAAAAGGACAAGGCUUUUUGUUGGAUGGUAUCGCAAUGUCAUGUUUACAAUGCCAGAUUUGAGACGAUGUCGUCGAUCAUAAACAAUUUGCACGAGCCAAUUCACCUAUGGGGUUCUGCAGCACAAAAAUGUAUGCCAGAAGCAAAUAAAUCAAAAAUAAUCGACCAUGGACAGACCAAAAAAUUCGAAGAAACUACAAUUGAAAAUAUCAAAAAAUGUAAGUUUUAUUUCGCGUUUGAAAAUGCAAAUUGUUCAGAUUACGUAACUGAGAAAUUUAGCAAUGCUCUCAUCAGUUACGCAAUACCAAUUGUCAAUGGUUGGAGAGACAGCUACGAAAAUAUGCUUCCCAGAUCUUUCAUUCAUGUUUCCGAUUUCCAAAAUUCAUCUCAUCUGGUAUCAUAUUUGACAUAUCUUCUUGGCAAUGAAACCGCAUAUUUGGAGUAUUUUGAAUGGAGACAAAAUUUUCGGGUUUUUGGCGUAUUUGACGAUAUGACUCACAAAUACAACACUCGCUGUAAAGUUUGUCAGAGGGUUUUCGAUUGGAAAAAAGCUAAAUCAGAGAAGUUGCGAGAGUCUGAAACAAUUAAAAACCUUGCAGACGAGUUCUACCAAUCUCAAACGUGUGUUUGA